UUCCCCAUUCGGGGAAACUCUCCAACCGCCGUCGGCGGGGGCCCUCUCGCUCGUCGCAACUUUAAUUCGCCGGCUGAGUUCAGUAUUCUGUGCAAUCUCUAGGGUUAAUUGUGAAGUUUAGCUAAAGAGGGUUGAUGGGGAGGCAUGGAAGCAGUCGUAGUAGUAGUAGUAGGAAGAAGAGGAGGUCGAGUGACUCGGACUCGGAGUCUUCUGAAAGCAGCUAUGAACAUGAUCGGCGUAAUAAGAAGAGGUCUUCACGAGAGAUUACAGAGGAAGAAAUCACCGAGUACUUGGCGAAGAAAGCACAGAGGAAAGCAUUGAGAGUUGCGAAGAAACUGAAGUCGCAGACAGUUUCUGGUUACUCCAAUGACUCGAAUCCCUUCGGCGAUUCCAAUCUCAAUGAGAAGUUUGUGUGGCGAAAGAAGAUUGAACGUGAUGUUGCACAAGGUGUACCGCUUGAAACGUUUUCGGUCAAAGCUGAGAAAAAGAGACAGAAAGAAAGGAUGGCAGAGAUCGAAAAGGUGAAAAAGAGGAGGGAGGAAAGGGCAAUUGAAAAGGCACAACAUGAGGAGGAAAUGGCAAUGUUGGCAAGGGAACGGGCUAGGGCUGAGUUCCAAGACUGGGAAAAGAAAGAAGAAGAGUUCCAUUUUGAUCAAAGCAAAAUCAGGUCAGAGAUUAGACUGCGUGAGGGGCGUACAAAGCCUAUUGAUAUUCUAUCCAAGAACCUUAAUGGAUCGGAUGAUUUUGACGUUGAAAUAAAUGAACCUUACAUGGUCUUCAAGGGUUUGACAGUGAAAGAAAUGGAAGAACUUCAUGAUGACAUAAAAAUGCAUCUUGAUCUGGACAGAGCAACACCAACACAUAUAGAGUUUUGGGAGGCAUUAAUGGUGGUUUGUGACUGGGAGUUAGCUGAAGCUCGAAAAAGAGAUGCACUAGAUCGAGCUAGGGUCCGUGGAGAAGAACCACCUGCCGAGUUGCUUGCUGAAGAAAGGGGCUUACAUUCAAGCAUUGAAACUGAUGUUCAGAGCCUUUUGCAAGGAAAAACUUCCAAGGAAUUGGAAGCAUUAAAGUCCCAGAUUGAGUCACAAAUGGAUUCUGGUGCAGCCAAGGUGGUUGAAUAUUGGGAGGCUGUUCUGAAACGUCUCACAAUAUACAAGGCAAAGGCUCGUCUGAAGGAGAUUCACAGUGAUCUAUUGCGUAAACAUCUACAACGACUAGAGCAACCUGUGGGAAGUGAAGAUAACUUGGAAAGUGAUCAUGAUUCAAAGCCUAGAGAGGAUAUUGAGCUUGCUGUUGAAGAUGAUGUCCAACCCUACUCUCCUGAGCCUAUACUGAAUGAAGAAACUAGUGAGCAAGAAAAGGAGCCUGGUUCAUUUUCACCCGAGUUGUUGCAUGGUGAUGAGAAUGAGGAAGCAAUUGACCCUGAGGAGGACAAGGCCGAGCUGGAACGUAAACGUGUUGCUGUUUUAGAAGAACAGAAAAGGCGGAUUCAAGAAGUAAUGGCAUCAAAGCCAGCUCCUGCAGAAGAUAACAUGGAACUGAAAGCCAUGAAAGCUAUGGGAGCUAUGGAGGAAGGAGAUGCAGUAUUUGGGUCUGGUGCUGAAGUGAACCUGGAUUCACAGGUAUAUUGGUGGCACGACAAGUAUCGCCCAAGAAAACCCAAGUAUUUCAAUCGUGUUCAUACCGGGUACGAGUGGAAUAAAUACAACCAGACUCACUAUGACCAUGACAACCCACCUCCAAAGAUCGUGCAGGGCUACAAGUUCAAUAUUUUCUAUCCAGACCUUGUUGACAAAACCAAAGCUCCAGUAUAUACCAUUGAAAAGGAUGGAAAUAGUAGUGAGACGUGCAUCAUAAGAUUUCAUGCAGGACCUCCCUACGAGGACAUUGCAUUUCGGAUUGUGAAUAAAGAAUGGGAGUACUCCCACAAGAAGGGUUUCAAGUGCACAUUUGAACGUGGUAUACUGCAUGUUUAUUUCAACUUCAAACGGUAUCGUUAUCGGCGGUGAAAUCUGCUUCAUGGUUUUCCUCUUUAAACAGCACAAUGUCAAAGAAGCCCCACGACAAAUGGUAUAUAUAUUUCCUCCUGCCUACACUGCGGGAGGUUUCUUGAUCUAUUUGCAUCUACCGAGUACUGAACCAAAAUGGUUAAAGGCGUUGAAGAUGUACUUUAUAGUUUAUUCUUCAUAGGUUCAGUGUAACAAUAUAUGUUCUUUUUAUCAAAAAAAUUUUAGAAUGAUGAUAAUUGUUCGAAAGUAAGCUUGCAAUGCAUUGCCUUUUUAGUUUUAAA